AUGUCCACGGAGAUGAAGUCGGAAAUGCAGGAGGUGAACGGCGUCCUCCCGCCUGCUGGCGCACAGCCCCAAGGAACGGUGGAGCACGUCGGCGGCUCGUAUCCGGGCUCGCAGGGCCGAGAGGACGCUGAAAGUGGGGCAGCGGCGGCCGCAACAACGACGACAACAGCAACCGCAGCAGAGAUGGAAGCCACACAGAAUGGCGUAAGCAGCGAGCAGAGGAAAGACGAGCAACAGACAGAUACACUACAGGAGGACGUCAUAUCCACACCAAUGCGGAACUCCGCCUCCGCAGGCAAUGCGGUCUGCGUCUCCCCACGGAAGCAAACGAAGAUCUCGUGGAAGUGCGGCAUGUGCGGCUACCACGUGCUCGCCAUGGACCACGAGGGCAAACCGCUGCCUCUCUCGGUAUCGUCAUUUGGCCAAGUGCUUCCAAUGAGCUGUCCGCGCUGCCUACUGGAGCACACGAGCUGGGAGCAGGCGGUGCCCUUCGACGAGCACGGCGACCACGCAAACAUCCGCUCAAAACUCUCCAAUAAUUACGUUCGCACGUCAAGUCACGUUGACACGGAGGCGAGGGUCUUUCAACCUGCGCCCACCUCUGCGGCCCCAGGCAGCCACGCGGACGGUGUCACGCUGCCGCCCAUCCUGCAGGAGAUUGGUCGCCGGACGUACAAGGAAGGUGUGGCACAGCCCAUCGCGGUGGAAGCGCCACGGCCACGUGGGUCUCGCAUGGCGUACUACUGCAGCAAGUGUGGCCGCAAGCUUCUGCGCAUGGACCCAUACGGUGAGCUUGUGCCUAUGGUCCGCGACAAUAGCGGGGUACCUCUGCCCAUUGUGUGCCCCGGAUGUAAAAUAGAACACAAUCAAUGGGAUGUGAAGCCCUUUACAAUCACGCGGUAG